AUGUCAUCCGGUGUUUUGUUAUACUGCAAAUCAAAAGUUUAUAUUCAUCCAACAAAUAGAACCUCUGAAAAUGUUCCAGGGUUUUUGAUUGUUUAUAAAAAACUAUCCACCGAUCCAGAUAGCAAUAGCAUUAUUACAUGGUGUAGAGAAGACGCUUUUCAAACAUCGCCAUCAUCCAGAAGUAAUAAUAAGAAAAAUAUAUUGUCCCAGUUAUUAGAAGCAGACUUAGAAUUUGCAGCUAAGUAUCAACCAACCAGUACAAGUACCAAAAAUUCCUAUCCUACAAUUCGUAUAGAUACUUCGCAAUUACUAUUAUGUUCAGAUUGGCAAAUUUUUAUUUCAUCUGUAUACUCUAUUCAAUUUAGAGUACCAAGUUCCUGGUGGUUUGGUUCUAUUGUUAUCAACUCCAAAGCUAAAAACAUAGAUGAUAAUAUUCCAGUACUGUUUUUCCACGAUGAUGUUUGUCCUUCUACCAAAAGGAUACAAAAAAAAAUGAUGAUGGAAAAUUUUGAUCCAUUCAACAAAGAUCAAGACUUAUACUGGGGUGGCGACGAUUUUAAGCAAUUUUUAACAACAAUUUGUGAUUUACAAAGUGUUAAUAAUGCAUCUUCAGAUGAUGCAUCAUCCGACAUUUUAAGUUCAAAAAAUAAUGCCAGGGGUAACAAUAUUUAUUUAGUCAAUCCCACAUUGGAAGAUUUAAGGAAUUUCAAAUCAAAUAUUCAGAACCUAGAUAAAAAGCCCGCAUCUCCCACAUCGAAAAAUAAGAGCACUGGAGUAUAUGACUCUUUAAAUAAGCAAAAGUGGACUAUUCUAGGGAAAAUCGCAGAUUAUACAGCUAAAUUAACCACACCUAGCUACGUACCUAAUUUGUUAUCUAGUUACUCUCCAGUUCUGGAAAAAUUUCUGAAUGAUAAAUAUGUAAAUAAUUUGCUUAAAUCGUCGCCACAAUUACAACAAGCCUCUGAUGAUUUUGAAAGUGCCAGGGUUUAUUUGGCUAAGUGGGCUUUAAAUGUCAAACAAGAAGCCGAAAAGUAUCGGAACGUUUACGAAAAUUUGAGUAAUGACAUGGAUAACAUGGUUACCGAUGAAGAAAUACACGUGGCCCUAGAAAGAUCACAUCCUUUAACUUUGGCGAAGUGGGAAUCAAUGUUUGAUGAACAAGGAAGGUUAAAUGUAACAGUUCAUGAAACCAAAGAUUUUAUUUUCCAUGGUGGGUGUGAAAACAAUGAAGUCAGAAGACAAGUCUGGUUAUUUUUAUUGGGUGUUUAUCCAUGGGAUUCAAGCAAAGAUGAAAGAGAACAGUUGUUGAAAAGCCUUGAGAGUAUAUAUUUUAGUUCCUAUAAAAAUCUGUGGUUUGGUGAUCAAGUUCCAAGCGACAUGACUAAAGAACAUUGGAAAGAUGAAGUUUUCAAGAUUGACAAAGAUGUUAAGAGAAAUGAUAGACACCUAAAUAUAUAUAAACAUAAUACAGAAACUGGUAAACUUGUGAAUUCUGAUGAUCAAGAAAUGGAUUCUGAAGUAGAUGAUUCCAAUUGGGUUAUUAUUAAUCCACAUUUAAAUACAUUGAAAAGCAUAUUAAUGUCUUAUAACGUUUAUAAUCCAGAUUUGGGGUAUUGUCAGGGUAUGACUGAUUUGUUAUCUCCCAUAUAUUAUAUUUUACAGGAUGAGGUUUUAAGUUUUUGGGCAUUCGUUAAUUUUAUGGAUCGAAUGGAAAGAAAUUUUUUAACUGACCAAAGUGGGAUCAAAGAACAAAUGUUAACUUUGGCAGAAUUAACUCAAUUAAUGUUACCUGAUUUAAUGAAGCACUUAACUGAAUGUGAUUCUUCGAAUUUAUUUUUUUGUUUUCGGAUGAUAUUGGUUUGGUUUAAAAGGGACUUCCAAGAUGAGCAAAUUUGGAAAAUUUGGGAGAUAUUUUGGACAGACUAUUAUUCUUCUCAAUUUCAACUAUUUUUUAUGUUGGCUAUCCUACAAAAAAAUAGUUUACCUGUUAUUAAUAAUUUAAAAUCUUUUGAUGAUAUUUUGAAAUACUUUAACGAUUUGAAAGAUUUGGAUUGGGAGGAUCUAAUGGUUCGUGCUGAGUUAUUAUUUAUUAAAUUUCAAAAAAUCGUUGCUUUUGUGGAUGGACAAAAUAGCUUAAUAAGCGAUGCCCCUGCGAACCCAAAUACUACUGGUACUGGCACUGGCGCUGAGGCAAAUAUACCAAUCGAAGACAAAUUAACUAAACUAUCGCUACAUGAUCCUAAGAAGGAGUUUAUUAUAAGUGAUAGAUUGAGGACACUUUUGUCUAAAAGAAUAAUUAUUCAAAGGGAAAAAAAAUCUUUUUAA